UGAGGUUAGCCGUGAGCCCCCUUAAACAGUGCAAGAUGUCUGAAAAAGACUACGCCCCUCUUAGUGCAGCUUGCGUGCGCGCCCUCCACGACAAGUUGUACGAAAAGCGCAAAACCGCUGCACUGGAAAUAGAAAAAAUGGUGAAGGAAUUUGCGAACUUGAAUAACACGAGUCAGAUUCGGAGGUUGUUGAAGGUGUUGGGUCAGGAUUUCGCGUCGUCACAGAACCCCCAUGCCCGCAAAGGGGGGCUUAUUGGGUUGGCAGCGACGGCGAUCGCUCUGGGAAAAGAUACGAGCAAUUACACCGAUGAGUUGAUUAAACCGAUUUUGGGGUGUUUGUCUGAUCAGGACUUGAGAGUUAGGUAUUAUGCGUGUGAGUCUUUGUAUAACGUUGUGAAGGUGUCUCGAGGGGCGGUUUUGCCCCACUUUUCUGCUAUCUUUAACGCUUUGAGUAAAAUUGCAACGGAUCCCGAUCAACACGUGAAAAAUGCGUCAGAAUUGCUUGAUAGGCUACUGAAAGAUAUUGUUACUGAGAGUUCAAAUUUCGACUUGGAAGGUUUCAUGCCUUUAUUGCGCGAACGAAUUUACACGAAAGCAACUUUUGCGCGCCAGUUCGUCAUUUCCUGGAUUUCGGUCCUUGACAUGGUCCCUGAUAUUGAUCUACUUUUCUAUUUACCGGAGAUUCUUGACGGACUUUUCCGUAUUCUAGCAGACACGAAUCUAGAAGUGAAAAAAAUGUGCGAAACAACUCUGAACGAAUUUUUACGAAACAUAAAAUCAGAUCCCUCCAAGGUGAAUUUUCCGGCCAUGAUCAACAUACUCAUAAAUCAUGCCCAAGAGAAAAACGACGACUUAGUCCAAUUCACAGCGAUUACUUGGAUCAAAGAAUUUGUGCAAUUAUCGGGCCCCGCGAUGUUACCAUACAUGUCGGGGAUUUUCACCGCAGUGUUGCCCUGCCUGGCAUACGACACGGAAUCACGGAGAAACAUUAAGGAAACAGCCACGGCGGUCAAUUUCACUCUCAUGAAACUAAUUGCCGUUCACGGUGACGAUAGCGGGGGACGAACCACCACUGGUAUGAUACAAAAUUUGGGAAUUUGCGGUAAAUUUGACGUUUCAGGUGAGGCAAACCUCAGCCAACUCGAUCUGCAAUCGGUGGUGGACGUUUUAACCCAAUACAUGAUGCAUAACUCAAUUCAAACCAAAGUAGCAGUAUUAAAGUGGAUACACGAUUUGUAUACAAAAUUGCCAGACGAAAUGGUGAAUCACAUUGAUGUUCUUUUUCCGGCUCUCCAACGCACUUUGGCGGAUGAAGCCGAUCAAGUGGUACAACAGUGUCUAGUCGUGAUUGCGGAAGUGAUUUCGUCGCCUGUUACGAAAAAAACCAGUCCCGAUGAUGGGACCAUGAAGCAUCUAGGAUGCGAGACUAAUCCGUACUAUAACAAAUUUUUGAUAAGUCUUUUACAGGCAUUUAACACGGAGAAGAGGCUUUUAGACGAACGAGGUUCUUUUAUUAUUAGACAACUCUGUGUGUUACUUAACGCCGAAGAAAUCUACCGCAACUUAGCCCACAUUUUACUUAAUGAACCAAAUCUAAAAUUCACACGACUGAUGGUGGAACACCUCAACAUGAUUUUAUUAACAUCGUCGGAACUGUACGAUAUGAGAAAUCGAUUAAAAGAAUUAAAAACAGAAGAAAGCUGUUCAUUGUUUUGUUGUUUGUAUGAAACGUGGUCUUAUAAUCCUGUUGCAACCGUCGCUUUGUGUCUUUUGACGCAGAGUUAUGCUCACGUUUGUGACUUAAUUAGGCUAUUUGGUAACUUGGAAGUUACCGUCGAUUUUUUAAUGGAAAUUGAUAAACUAGUCCAAUUGAUUGAAUCACCAAUUUUUGCGUAUUUGAGAUUAGAAUUAUUACAAGUCCCAUGUGAUAAAAACCUGAUCCAGGCCUUGUACGGCUUAUUAAUGUUGUUACCGCAAACAGAUGCCUUUCAGACUCUUAAAAUACGUCUGAGUUGUAUACCAAGCUUACAUUUACAUUGCGACGACAAGGCAACAAUUCAGCCAAACUCAGCCCAGCAGUUUAAAAAAAAUAUCGACUUUGCCAAGCUUUUGCAGCACUUUAUUGAAGUCCAAGAAAAGUACAAAGAAUACAAAAAAAUGAUGCGGUUGAAAGACCUCACAUACGCGGAAAAAGAACUUAGCAAUCUAGAAUUUUAACAUUCCCGUUAAGCCAAAUACUCGAGUUUUUAUAAAAUAAUUUUUAUUCGUGAUAUUAAUAAAUUACAAACGGAAAA